AUGCUGAGCGCGACAGUUUCGGUAGAAGAUUUGGACGAUGACUACACAACAGACUCAGUAGAAGACAUGGACGUCGCACCUUCCGCCGACGACAACACUUCUACUACAGACAAUGACACUGCUCGCUCUGCAUUUUAUUCGAAAAGUGGUAGUUCUGGAGUGAUUGCCACGGUAGACGGUGAUCAAGAUUCUGAUUCGUCUCUAGAGUAUGAAAUUGCGGCUGAUGGAACUGGUCCGUUUAGCAUAUCCACUGUUGCUAUUCACAAUAAAGUCCAAUACAUCAGUGUCGGUUAUUACGAUACAGAGGAGAUGGGAGAGCGGAGCUUGCACCAGCUGAAUCAAUUCGUUUACAGCUAUAAGACGCGAUAUGUGUCAACGUAUCGGGUUGGAAAGGAGUUUGAGUGCCGCUCACACAAAGAUUGUCAUCAUCGAAUCAAGAUAAUCACCCAUCAAGCUGGAGAAGCUGGGGAAAAAUACCAGGUUCUACAGAAAGGAGAACAUGCUGGAACUGUAGUUAAUCUCACAACUAAGGGCAUUUCACUGAUUUUAAAACCCGAAGUAGAUGCACUGCUAAAGCUCGGUAUGACCGCAGGUCGGGUGAGAAACAUGCUGCUUUUUAAGUAUCUGAGAGAUCCUGCCAUGCUCGCACUGGUGCCAGAAACGAAGAAAAUGGAAAGCAGGAAAGCCUAUUUGAAGCGACUGGCGGGGAUGGAUGGGAGAUCAGUAAAUUCGUGGCAUUAA